GGACCAAAAUUUUAAAUAAGAUUACAAAAGUAACAUUUAAAAAUGAGUAAAAAAAAAAAAAAAAAAAAAAAAAACUUGAAGCAGAUAGAAUGCCACAUCAUCAUCAUCCAAAAUUUCUCAAACCAUUUGGCGCUCUACUACAGCCUCUUAUUCUUCUCGAAUUGAUACCUGCACAAAUUUUGCGGCACUGUUGUAGCAGCCAUGGGAGGAAUUGGAGCAGCCCUUUUUUGUUCUUCUCAGAGCUUUUCGGUCUUCAGUUACGCUCAAAUUCAUGUCCAAAAUCGACCUUCAUCGCCUCUACUAGUGCACAAAUUGUCCAGUUUCAGUAAUCAUGAUUUGAUUUUGGCGAAAACUCGGAAUCAUCUUCGGUUUAAGGAUGUUACGAGAGCUGCUGAUUCUUCUCAGCCAUCGUCUGUUAUAACUUCCUCGGACAAGGAUAUUGUUCCUGAUGAUGAGUUUUCACUUGCCAAGGUUUCAUUUGGUGUUAUUGGACUUGGUCUUGGUAUUUCACUUCUCUCGUAUGGCUUUGGGGCAUAUUUUAACAUCCUUCCUGGUUCUGAGUGGUCUGCAAUUAUGUUAACAUAUGGUUUCCCACUUGCAAUAAUUGGCAUGGCUCUUAAGUAUGCAGAGCUCAAACCUGUGCCAUGCAUUACAUAUGCAGAUGCUCAGCUACUGAGGGAAAAAUGUGCUACUCCAGUCCUUAAGCAGGUCAGGAGCGAUGUGAUAAGAUACCGUUAUGGGGAUGAACAGCAUUUGGAUGAGGCAUUGAAGCGUAUUUUCCAAUUUGGAAUGGGCGGAGGAAUACCACGUAGAAGUGCUCCAAUCUUGCAAAAUAUUCGAGAAGAAGUGACUGAAGAUGGUAAAUACUGUCUGGUUCUGGUCUUUGAGGCAAAAGCUCUGCAGUUAUCAGAUUUCGAAAAAAGACAGGCAAAAUUUACGUCUUUCUUUGGACCUAGAAUUUCAUCUGAAAUUGUAAAGGGAGAGAAUGAUCUGUAUGAAGUACGGCUAAUUUCCAACACAACAUUGUAGAUUGUGAAAAAAUCUUGUAGCUCUGGGUAUAUAGAGAAGGUUCACCGUGCCACGUGAAUAUAUUGAUAUUCAGUUUGCACUGUACAUUGUUGAAUCCAUAGGAAUAUAUAGAAUAGUAUAAUGAUUGGAGAUUAUAACCCCACGUUGAACUACAUUGUAUGAGACCUGCUUUUAUUUGCCUCUGUAUAAUUGUAAUUGUUGAAGAUUUGGUUGAUAUAAUAUUUAUAAUUUGCCUACUA